GCAAGGCGGGGCCAGGGCCCGACCUGCGGGUCUGAGGCUCAGCGGGCGGUCGGCGGAGGGGCUGGGACCCUUCCGGCUCGCCGCCCCUUCCCCGCCCCUUGCCUGGCAUCCGCUGGCAGUAAAAAGGUCCAUGGACAUUAACCCCCAAACAGAGUGAUGUUUAGAUGCUGAAAGGAUGACUUGGUGGAGGGGGAGGGUUGCUGCCAGGCAACCCCUUGCUGCUGAAAUUACUCAUAACAAUCCAAAGAAGAGAGAUUUACAAAUAGUAUUUGAGCAUCAUGGAGCUUUUAGGUUCUACUGUAACGACAAGUUGUGCCCACCCUAGAGCAACACCAAGUGACUUUCUACCCGCCAUCAGUACCAUGGCAUCAAGCUACAGGGCCCGCUUCCCCCACUACAAUUUGGCACAUGGCUUGAGCCUGCCUUGGAGACCCAGCACAUACUACAGAGUGGCCUCCAGCUUGCCGACCCUGGCCCCGUACUGCGCCAGGUCUCAGAAGGUGUGCGAGAGCACCAUGCUCCCCUUUGUUUCCAACAGAACUACCCUCUUCACCAGGUACACCCCUGAUGACUGGUACAGGUCCAAUCUAACCAACUAUCUAGAAUCCAACACUUCCCGGCACAAUUCAGAGAGACUAAGGGUGGAUACAUCUCGCCUGAUUCAAGACAAAUAUCAACAAACGAGAAAAACCCAGGCAGACUCCACCCAAAAUUUGGGAGAACGUGUCAAUGACAUUGGAUUUUGGAAAUCUGAAAUCAUUCAUGAGUUGGAUGCAAUGAUUGGAGAGACAAAUGAACUAACUGAUGUUAAGAAAAAAUUGGAGAGGGCUUUGAUGGAGACAGAAGCCCCUCUUCAGGUAGCCCGAGAAUGUCUAUUUCAUCGAGAGAAGAGGAUGGGAAUCGAUCUAGUUCAUGAUGAAGUGGAAGCGGAACUGCUGACGGAAGUUGAUGUUAUUCUGUGUUGUCAAGAAAGAAUGAAGCUACAUUUGGAUAAGGCCAUUGCCCAACUUGCAGCUAACAGAGCUUCCCAGCAUGAGCUGGAGAAAGACCUGAGUGACAAACAGGCGGCGUACCAAAUCGAUGAUAAGUGCCACCAUCUGCGAAACACGUCCGAUGGCGUCAGCUACUUUCGUGGCGUGGAGAGGGUGGAUGCAACGAUCUCAGUGCCCGAGUCCUGGGCCAAAUUUACAGAUGACAAUAUUCUGCGCUCCCAGAGUGAAGGAGCUGCCUCUGCCAAACUCAGAGAGGACAUUCAAAACCUCUUAGUUGUGACUGCCAACGAGAUGUGGAACCAGUUCAACAAAGUGAACUUGUCUUUCACCAAUCGCAUUGCUGAGACUGCAGAUGCUAAAAAUAAGAUUCAGGUUCACUUAGCAAAGAUUCUGCAGGAGAUUUUCCAGACUGAAAUGACCAUAGAAUCCAUCAAGAAGGCCAUCAAGGACAAGUCUGCCUUCCUGAAGGUGGCUCAGACCAGACUGGACGAGCGGACGAGGAGACCUAAUGUAGAGCUCUGCCGAGACAUGGCUCAGUUACGCCUUGUUAACGAGGUGUACGAGGUGGACGACACCAUCCAGACCCUGCAGCAGCGCCUGAGGGAUGCGGAGGACACCCUGCAGUCGCUGGUCCACACCAAAGCCACCCUGGAGCAUGAGCUGGCCGUCAAAGCGAAUUCCCUGUACAUCGACCAGGAAAAAUGUAUGAGCGUGCGCAAGAGCUUCCCCAACACCCUCCGGCUGGUGGGCUUCUGUUAGGGGCCCCGCCAGGAGCGAUGUUGUUACUCCUCAGGAAAGGCCGAGCCAGAGCCGUGAGUGCUGAUAUAGCCACUAUUAAAGGAUUGUGUUGAUAGAAAUGUCCCGAUCUCCUGUCUUGGAAAGCCUUUUGUUUGUGUCCAAGCCUUAAUUCUCUACUAUUUGCUAGGCUUCUAGGCUACUGGAAGAAUUAAAGAAAUAUAAUCAAUCUAAUAGGGAAGGUGAAAAAGAUUGUUUGCGUUAUGCUCUGUGUAGCGUGAUUGGGCUGGACAGGAGAAACUGAUCUCUGAGGCGGUGGGGCAGGAGUCACAGCAGGGUGUGCUUUGAGCUCUGCCUCAAAAGAAGCACAGAGAAGGAGAGAGGCCUCUGGUUCUGUGGCAGUUGCUGUGGUGUGAGCAAAAAGACAGGUGGACAAGUAUAGAGCGUACUUGGAACAGUGGUAAGUAGACCAGCUUGACCGUGACUCCUAGGGGGGAAUAGGAAGAAGUACAGUGAGUGAGAUGCCUGGAGAAUGGAGGGCCUUCAGCUCCAGGAGUGGGAGUCGGGGGAGCUGGUGGGCAUCUCUGAGCAAGGACAUGGGCUUAUGGAAGCAAUGGCUGAGCAAUGAAAACUUGAAUUGGACAGAGGGCGGUGGAAACAAAGAAAGGGGAAGUGCAAAACAUAGAACAAGCCAGCAGGACUGGUAACUCCUCACCUGUGGGCGGAGUGCCGAGGGGUUCCCGCGAGUGGAGGCGCUGACCCCAGAUGGGCUGAGAAAUGGGACAUUGCCUACAUUCUAGGAGGGCCUAGGGUAUCUCAGGGGUUAUUUUUUUUAAAUAACUUUUUCUUUAUUACAAACAAAAAAUAUUUGCAUGACACAUAGUUUGGAAAAUAGAGAAAAUACACACAUACAACUCAUGGAAAGCACACAUUACCAUAACGCCCAGAAAUAAUCGCUGAGGUCUGUCAACAUUUUACUGUGUAUGCUUUCAAUCCUUUUGCCGUGACUGUAUGCAUGUAUGUCUAUUUAUAUAAAUAGAUAAUAUGUAAUGUUUAUAUUUAUUUACCAAUAUUUAAUGUGUUUAUAUUUGAAUGCGUCAUUAAUAUAUUUGGGACCACACUGCUGGUUUGUAAUCUCCCUUGUUCAGGUAUUACAAAUGGAUUUCCAUGUCAUCAACUUUUUAUCCACAAUGCCCUUUUUUAAAACCUUCCCUUUCUAUCUCUAAAAACAGUAAAUAUUGCUUGUGGAAAUUUCAGAAAAUCCAGACAGACAAAAGAAGAAAAUAAAAAUCUUCCAUAUUUCUAGACUAACCAGA